GGCACCUCUCUCUGUGUCACCGUUCCCGUCUCUCAGGCAAAUCGCAGCUGAUGAAACUCAUGAAAGCUUCAUACUUUCCACUCCUUCGAUGAAACAGAACAAAACCCAGCUUAUGAAGAGCUGCACAUAAGGAAAAGGAGAUUCCUUUAAGCAAAUCGACUUUGAAUUCUUCAAUUUUGUAGCUCACUGGUUUUACCUGGCUUUUACUUUCUUGGCUGAGUAUUUGGAAGAAACAAGUGAAAUUCCAAAAUGCUUCAACAACAGAUUGUACAAUCCCCAGCUAGGCUAGGCCUAUCGAACCCCAACUCACCUGCUCUUCAAAACCCUACCCCUCCAAAACUCCCUUUCCAGCAGCAGCCUUCUUCUGCUUCUUCUUCCCAGCUUCCCAAUCUCUCCCCGUCGCUGGUCUCUCUCCUCUCGCCUCUCCCAAGAGCUCAAUCCCUUCUAGUUCAAAUGGCCUCCCUUGCAUCUAAACUCUUUGAAGUUUCACCUAAUCGGUCCCUUUGGCUCAAUGCAUUCCGCGGUUCCCUCCCAACCUUCCUUUCCUCCCAAACCCAAUCUCAGUCCUCUAUGCCACUUGAGAACUGUCCUUCCUCAACCAAAGAUGUCCUCUCCCAGUUCACAGCUCUUCAAACCCAACUCUUUGAGACUGUUGCUGAACUCCAAGAAAUUCUUGAUCUUCAGGAGGCUAAGCUGAAAAUUGCACGCGAAGUCCAGUCCAAGGAUGCCUCACUUCUUGCCUUCUCCAAGAAACUCAAGGAUAUCGAGCAGGUGCUUGAUAAUCUUGUUGAUGAUUACUCAGAUUUGUCCUGCCCCAAAAGAGUAAAACUGGAUGACGGAUCAGAAGAUGAUUCGUCAUGCACUACUACAGUUUCAUCUCAGUUGAAUUUAUCAGAUAUUUUGUCAUAUGCGCAUCGGAUAAGCUACACAACAUUUGCACCACCAGAGUUUGGGGCUGGACAAGCUCCUCUUCGCGGAUCACUCCCACCUGCCCCGCAGGAGGAGCACAUGCGCGCUUCUCAGCUAUACAAUUUUGCAAACCUGGAUGUUGGUUUGCCCAAGACUUUAGACAGCACGGAGAAAACAAUUGAAGCAAUCAUGGAGUCCCCACCUCUUGCUCCAACAGAAGCCAAUCAAGCUCCAGACCUUGGUGCACUUUUUCCAAAUAUUGCAAUUCCAUCUGGUUGGAAACCUGGGAUGCCUGUGGAAUUGCCUGCUAUGCCUGUGAAGUUGCCUGCUAUGCCCCCUGGAUGGAAGCCUGGGGACCCAGUGCCUUUGCCGCCAGUGGGAUCUCUUCCAGUUCCUAAGACCGUGGAGCAACAAUCAUUUAGACCUCAAGCAAUGCAUAAGGCACAAGAGCCAAUACAAGUUCGGCAUGUUAUACUAGAUAUUCCUGAAGUCGAUGAUAGCGAUUAUAGUAGUAGUGAUGAAGGAAGCUCUGAAGAUGAUGAUUAGCAGAUUGUCCUUUGGUUCGGGAUGCGUAUGUACUGAU